GUAAGAAGCCCACAAUAGAGAAAUCCCAAACCCACAGAGAGAAGAGAGAAAGCAGCAAAAACCCCUUCACUGUGUGUGUGCGUGUUUUUUCGAAGAUACAUAUCUCUAUAGUCUAUACACAAAGUGAGAGAGACCCAAAAACCUAACUUUAAUAGAUCUGAAAGAGGAAUAUACAGUGGGUGUUUGUUGUUUUCUUCUCUCUUUUUUCACAGAAAAAGAGUUGUAACUCUUAGAAAAGAUGAGUAGCAGAGGAGGCAAUGGUGGAGUUGGGGUACAAGCGAUACCAGCAGGGUCAAGGAAGGUGGUACAAAGCUUAAAGGAGAUAGUUAACUGUCCUGAGCCUGAGAUCUAUGCUAUGCUCAAAGAAUGUAAUAUGGACCCUAAUGAAGCCGUCAAUAGGCUUCUUACUCAAGAUACUUUUCAUGAGGUGAAGAGCAAACGUGAAAAGAGAAAAGAGGUUCAGAGUAAGGAUACAACUGAAUCUAGGCCGCGUGGUUCAGUUAGCAAUUCAGGCCGUGGAAGCAGGGGUGGUGCAGAACGGUAUGUUGGGCGUGGCGGGUCAGAGCCUACCAAGCCUACUCCUGGAUACAAAAAGGAGAAUGGAUCUUAUACAAGUUAUCUGACUUCUACUCCUGAAGUUUCCGAAAGUAACGUAAGCAGGAGGGCUGCAACCAUCAGUGAUGCUGCUGCAAAUGAAAGUAAAAAGCCAGCAGCAGUUGAUGGUGUUUCAUCAGUCUCACAGCAUUCUUCUGGAUAUCAACCUACUUGGGGCGGGGUGCCAGGUCAAGUUUCCAUGGCUGAUAUUGUGAAGAUGGGUAAGCCGCAGAGCAAAGUGCCGAGUGUACCUAAUGUAUCUCACCACAAUGCCAAUGCCAACCAAAACCAUAUUCAAGGGCUCCCUUCUGGUGCAUCACAUCAAAAUAUUCAGUUUUCUGACGAUCAUACAUCCAAUGUUUCUGAUGUAUAUCGAGAGUCUGGGGAUUAUCGGGUGCAGCAUCGUUCAACCGAUGAGGAAUGGCCUCUAAUCGAGCAGCCAUCAGUUGCUAGCCAGCCCUCUAUCUCAGAGCCUCCCACAGAUUCUGAGCUGCAUCCUGAUCCAGCUAACAUAUCAUAUGACAGAAUUAAUCAUCAAACUGAGAUUGAUGAGGUUCAGGGGAUAGAUGACAGCACUGCUGAAAAUCUUGGUAGUCCUCCAAGCAUAAAGUUGCAGGAGGAUAAUGCUGGAGGCGCAGUUCUUUAUGAGAAUGACCUCUACAGAUUUCAGAACCAGAAUCAUACUUUUGACCAUCAAGAAGUUGAAGAUGUUAACAUCUCUGUUUCAUCAGUUGCUGCAAACUUGCAACAGUUAAAUGUACAUGAUGAUAGAGGGUUGUCACCUGAAGGAGAUGGUCCUUCUGUUGUAAUCCCAGACCAUCUUCAAGUUCAAACUGCAGACUGCUCACACCUGAGCUUUGGUAGCUUUGGCGCUGGUAUUGGCGGGUCCUUUUCCGGGCCUUUAGAAUCUGCUCCAGUGAAUACUAGCUUGGAAGAUGCACCUAAAGAUGUGGAGGGUUCAUCAGUUGGGAACUUGGGAUCCAGAGCUCCCGAAUACUAUGGUGAUGAGUCUCUCGGACAUGCAUCUGAGAGUAACAUAUACCAUAGAACUAAUGCAAGUUCUGGAAAUUAUGAUUCACCUUCUGCUUCACAACCAGUGCCGUUGAAAGCAGAGAUGAGCGAACAUGGAAAUCAUUACUCGUAUCCCUCCUCUGCUGCUGGCUACACAUAUGAAACUGCACAACAAUUGGCUGCAGCAUUUAGUCAGCCACAGACAAGUUCCCAGAUGCAAAAUCUUGCUUCUUUCUCCAAUGUAAUGGCCUUCACAAAUUCAUUGCCAAGUACCUUGUUGGCUGCUAAUGUUCAUGCUGGUCGUGAAUCUGAUCCUUCAUACUCACCAUUUUCUGCAACACAAGCAAUGCCCUCAAAAUAUGGCAACUCUGUUUCUUCAAUUGGAGGUUCAACUAUUUCCAUGCCCGAGUCUUUGAGGACUGCUGGUUUUCAAUCAGCACAACCUACACAGCAGACACUUUCUGGAACUAGUGUCACCACCGGACCUGCUGUGCCGCAACAUCUUACUGUACAUCCAUAUUCGCAACCAACACUUCCUCUGGGACCGUUUGCUAACAUGAUUAGUUAUCCCUUUAUGCCUCAGAGCUAUACGUAUAUGCCAUCUGCAUUCCAGCAACCAUUUGCUGGUAGCAGUACUUAUCAUCAGUCGCUAGCGGCAGUGCUCCCCCAAUAUAAGAACAGUGUUUCCGUCAGCAGCUUACCUCAGUCUGCCAGUGUUGCUUCUGGAUAUGGUGGUUUUGGAAAUACAGCAAGUAUCCCUGGUAACUUCCCAAUGAACCCUGCUGCUGCUCCCUCUGGUACUAACUUGAGUUACGAUGAUGUGUUGAGCUCUCAGUACAAGGAUACCAAUCAUUUAAUGUCUCUUCAGCAGGGUGAGAAUUCAGCUAUGUGGCUUCAUGGACCUGGCUCAAGAACAAUGUCUGCUGUUCCUGCUAACACAUACUAUGGUUUCCAAGGUCAAAACCAGCAAAGUGGUGGAUUUAGGCAAGCUCAACAGCCAAUGCAGAAUCAUGGAUCUUUGGGCUACCCAAAUUUCUACCAUUCUCAGGCUGGGAUCUCAUUAGAACAUCAACAGCAAAAUCCAAGGGAUGGGUCAUUGGGUGGCUCUCAAGGCCAGCCAAAGCAGUCUCAACAGCAGCUAUGGCAAAACAGCUACUAAUAAUCUCUUACUGCCUCCUGCUUUUUCGGAGUCUUGUAGUGAGUUUGAAAGAGGCCUUUCAGGGUGUUGCUUUGGAAAUAACUUAAACGUCCCAAGGGGAAUCGAUUGGCUGCUACCCUGUGCCUCGAGGUUGUACUUUACGUAUUUGUCAUCAGUCAAAUGUAACGUAGGAAUGUGAGCUAACGUCGUGCUAGUGGACUUUUCUUGUUUUGUUAACUCUUUGUUUCACAGUUAACCCCUUUGCUUCUUUAUCUAUAGUGAUAAGUGAUGUUCUGUUUCCACUAA